CACUGAGGCACUGCGGUUGCAGAAGACCCUUUCAAUCCCUGCUUGCAGCCAUUCCUUCAAAGUCUCACAUUUGUUGUCUGCAUGUUGUGCCUUCGUUCAGACUGAAGGUGGAUGCUUGAAAGUGGAGGAUAAGGUACCAGUGCCUGGGACCGGUGGAAUGGAGGCCUGAUGUAGAUGGAAAGAUGGGUCAGGACCCCAUGUGCAGACUGCUAAGUGAAUUUCUGGAAUCUUUGCAUACAUCAAGGAAGGCCGGAUCAAAUGAAGAAGAAGCUCUGAACUCUAUUAUGAAGGAUUUGGCAGCAUUGGGCAAAUGUGGGGGACUGCUGGACAACAACAGGAAUAAAAACUGUGUCUACUCCAGCAAACAGCAGCGAAAUGUCAGGAUCAAGUUUGAAUAUGAAGGAGAGAAAAGGAUCAUCCAGUUUCCAAGACCAGUCAAAUUCAAAGAAGUGGUGCAGAAAGUCACAGAUGCUUUUGGACAGACGAUGGACUUAGUCUGCAUGAGCAAUGAGCUCCUGAUCCCACUGAAAUCCCAGGAAGACUUGGACAAAGCGAUGGAACAGUUGGAGCUGAGCCCUUCCCUGAAGAGCCUGCGGAUCCUUGUGAGCGCUCCAAAGAAAGCGAAUCUCCUCCAGCCAAACAACAGCAAGCAGCAUGAAAUGAGGAUCUCCAGAUCCAUGGGAGAUAUCAUGGGAUCCCUGUACAAGGACUCUGAGAGGACACGAAAGUAUUCAACAGGCUCUCUGCACACUGGCCGGAGCUCUCCACCCCCAGGGAGCGUUCCUGAGGAGCAGCAGCAGAUCGCUCGCCAGGGCUCCUACACCAGCAUCAACAGCGAGGGCGAGUUCAUCCCCGAGACCAUGGAUCAAAAUAUGCUUGAAGCUUUCAUCAGCCCCGAUGGGUCGAUGUCUGGGAGCUGCCAGUCGCUGGACAGGUCUGUGGACAGCCCUCCCUUUACACAAACCCCUGUUCCUGGAAGGAAGAAUCAUCCCAAAGACGGUCUUGAUUGCAUGGAUUUUGACGUCCCAAUCUGUGAGAGGUUUGGGAAGGGGGGGACCUUCCCCAGGCAGUACCACCUCUCCCAAAGUCGCAAGGACUACAGCGAUGGCCGGAGGACUUUCCCCAGGAGUUACUUCCCACAGGAAAACCUUUUCCAGCUCGUCCCUUCCAGCCGGACCAAGAGCUUUAAUGGGGACAGCAAGCUCAGCACCUUGCAGUACGAUGAGUACAGGCCUAAAUGGUGGAAUAACUGUGAAAAGGGUCUGCAAGUCUUCAGCACCUCUCCUACCAAAGCUCGGAACUCCCUGCAGGCACCUGUGAACUGGAGGCUGGGGAAGCUGCUUGGAAGAGGAGCUUUUGGGGAAGUUUAUCUCUGCUAUGAUGCUGACACUGGUCGUGAGCUGUCGGUGAAGCAAGUGCCAUUUGAUCCUGACAGUCAGGAGACAAGUAAGGAGGUGAAUGCCUUAGAGUGUGAGAUUCAGCUGCUGAAGACGCUCCGUCAUGACAGGAUAGUGCAGUACUACGGGUGUCUGCGGGAUCCAGAGGAAAGGAAGCUGUCGAUCUUUGUUGAAUACAUGCCAGGGGGCUCCAUAAAGGACCAGCUAAAAGCAUACGGUGCUCUGACUGAGAACGUCACUCGGAAGUACACCAGGCAGAUCCUGCAGGGAGUCUUCUACUUACACAGCAAUAUGAUUGUCCACCGGGACAUUAAAGGUGCCAAUAUUUUGAGAGACUCUGCUGGAAAUGUGAAACUUGGAGAUUUCGGGGCCAGCAAACGCAUCCAGACCAUCUGCAUGUCUGGGACUGGGAUUAAAUCUGUCACAGGAACACCAUACUGGAUGAGCCCAGAGGUUAUCAGUGGAGAAGGAUAUGGAAGGAAAGCUGAUGUGUGGAGCGUGGCCUGCACCGUGGUGGAGAUGCUAACGGAGAAGCCGCCGUGGGCAGAGUUCGAAGCCAUGGCAGCUAUUUUUAAGAUCGCCACCCAGCCCACCAACCCCCAGCUCCCCGACGGCGUCUCCAGCUCCUGCCGCAACUUCCUCAAGCAGAUCUUUGUGGAGGAAAAGCGAAGGCCGACGGCUGAGGACCUGCUGAGGCACCCCUUCGUCAACUGCGGGCUCUGAGCCCUGGCUGGAAUGUACCGAUGGGAGGGGGGGGUUGGCUGCCAGACCCGCGGCCCUUUUGCACUCUGCAUUCAGACCUCAGCACCGGGCCAUCCUGAUGGUGGCCCCACAGGUCCCUUCUUACUCGUCACCACCUUGGUGGCUGCUGCCUUGUUGAAUUUUGAAGCCACACACGGGACGGUCAGAGGCUGGGGAUGGUGACCACCACCAGGAGUGCAGAACAAGAGACUUCCUGGAUAUCCCAUCCGUGUCAGCCUCAGAGCGAGCAACCUCCUGCCAUCAGCAGUGCUGUGGGGCGUCCCCACUCACCGUGUCACUUAUCUCUUGGGAAAAGUGCAUUGGAUUGCAUCUGUCCCCCUACCAGCAACCCCAGGACCAGUGGAGAAAGCAGAUGUGCAGUGACCAUCACUGCUCCCCACAGAGAAGCACACCAGGCUUCUGCCAGGCUAGAGGAGAUGAUCCUCAGACUGCAGAGUUGGGGGACCCAGGUGUCACAAGGGGGAGGGAACCCGUCUGGAGGCAGCAGCAUCUCCAGCGGUGCGGCGUUCAAUACUGAUCUGUGCCUUAAGCGGUUACAAUCAAGGAGUGAUGCUCGACUCGGCACAAAGUAUGGAGUCGGGCACAAUUAUGCAGCAGCCAUGUUGACAAUGUGCGUGCGUGCGUGUGUGUGUGUGUGGAGCUGCAGGAGGGGUCCCUAAAAUUAGGCAGAGAGGAGCUGCUGGGUGCCCACCACUCUGAGUGGCAUCAGCCCUGCAGGAGAAAGUUCCGGUCUCUUUGACCAAUGCUAGUCUGCUGGAAAACCUUUGGGGCGCAAACACAGGGUCCCUGGAAACCAAUGAGUGUCUCAAGUUCUUGAUAGGACAAGGGGGAAUGGUUUUAAACUAAAGAGGGGAGAUUUAGAUUAGAUAUUAUGGGGGAAUUCUGCAUGAUGAGGGCGGUGAGGCCCUGGCACAGCUGCCUGGAGAGCUGUGGGUGCCCCAUCCCUGAUGAUGCUCAAGGCCUGGUUGGAUGGGGCCCUGGGCCGCCUGAUGUGCUGGGGAGGCCCAUGGCUGGGGACUGGGUGGGCUUUAAUGUCCCUUCCAACCCUUCUAUGAUUGCAUGAUGCCACGACUCUACGAAAUCUGCCCCCUUUGGAAGGCCUGGUCCCCUGGCUCAUGUGUGUAUGUGUGUGUGUGAGUGUGUCUGUGUAUGUACACAUGUACAUGUAUACAUGCACGUGAGUGUGACUCGCUCCUCAGGUGCCUUUGCCUUUUAAUUUUUUAAAACCCUUGCAGUGUUCUGAUGUACAAACUAGGAAAAGAGAAUGUAAUAUUAUGCCAUGUAAAUUUCUUUUAUAUAUAUAUAUAUUUUAUUUCGGCCGUAGCGUGUGAGAGCUCUCCGCAUGGUCUCACCAUGUAGCGUAGAGAAACGUUUUCCUUUUGUCGGGAAAAGGCUCCAGUGUGAUAUUGUAUAUCAUCUUUACCGUGUAGCCUAUACAUCUGUAUAAUUCCUUCUUAUUGGGCCAGUUAUCAGUAGGCAACCACUGUACAUAGGCAGAGCUGUGCCAGGGCAUGACGGGGCCUGCAGAGCCCGGAGUGACCGCCCUGAGCAUCCAGGGCUGGCGGCUGUACCCCAAUAAUGAACCCGUGCGGCUCAGA